AUGCAUGUACCAUCGCUGGACCUAAACCCAGCCGAUUUACUUGCUGCCUGUAUAAAGCUGCUGGAAAGGAUGCGAGAACAAACCAAUGCCUCUACCGCGGAGAAAUCAGUGAUAGCCAUACCCAAAUACAUGACUGCAAUCGAAAAUCCCUUUGUAUGCCUUCGAGAAAAACUUAUUUACAUGGAAUCGGCGCUGGGUUAUAAUGGCAUUGGUAACAGACAGCCAUCAAAUGAAGUCUCAAAGCACAGCAAUUUUAAACUAACCUUGUUUUCCUUCAAGGAUGGGUCUUUACCCACAUUGUCUGGUAAUCAGGAGGUGCCGAAUGGGAAUAUUUCCGUAGUUCAAGUUGGAAAGGCAACCAAUGUGAGUGCUCGCAUGUUGGAGACGGUCGAAGACAUGUUGGCCUAUGAUACGGCUGUUGUGACCAAAGCGUACAUUGACGUUGUCUGCAACAAAUGGAGCAAAGUGAAGAACGCCAAAAUUGAGGGCGUUACGGGUGACUUCAACAUGGCAAAUCUCGAAUCGCCGAGAGAAAAUGUCGUCUUGACGAUUAACAGAGGUCUGACCACACAACCUGUAGUUGUUGGCAACAUUACCAUAACGAAAGGUGGGAUCACCAUUGAGGGAUCGUUUGAUCAACUGUUCACCUUUUCGGAUGAAGAAAUGAAGGCGAUUUUGACUUCUCGCAGUGUCAGACUUGCUGUUACUCUGGCUCCACCGUUUGCGAUGCUGAGCGAGAAGGCUGCUCACCCACUCGGAACACCUACUUCUUGCCUCAUCACUGACCUGAGCGGCCUGUCAGUUGACAUAGUCCGCGAAAUCCUCGCUCCACUUAAAUUGGCAGACAUGGCAGUUGGAGAAUUCGCGGUGCUGCCUCAACUGAAGGAUAAUUUCGAUUUCAUAAGCAACUUCCUCUACUUUACUUUCUCAAUUUUGGAAAAACCACUUGCUAACACGGAAACGACUUCCUUCUGGCUCUUCUUCAAACCUCUUUCUGCGGGCACAUGGAUUAUGAUGGUGUUCUGCUGUUUUGUGGCAGCAUUGGUUCUUGCCACACUCAACUACUUCUCACCCAACCAAGUGGACUACGGCUUCAUUGAGUCCAUUUUCGUAACCUUUGGAUGCCUUUUUCAAGGCCUCACCGUCUCUCCUCCCAAUACCUGGUCAAGCCGAUUCAUGCAAUGUGUCUGGUGGCUCUUUGUCCUCUUCUUCAUUGUCAUUUAUAUUGCUAACUAUGCGGCUAUUAUUAUGAACAAUGGCAUCCAAAGCGAGGCUACUGGGUUUACAGCUUUGUUGGUUGAUCCAUCCACUCCUUUUGGAGCAAUACCCAAUUCAAUGGCUGCUGCACAGUUAGAUUUCUCCCGGGAAUUAGAAAUACAAAAAAUCAACUAUCUCAGCAACAAACUCUAUCCUCAAGAUAGUACAAGUGAUAUCACCAUCGAGGAUCGUGUGAAAGAGGUUAGUGAAGGAAAAUACAGACUCAUUGGGGAUAGCUUUUCUCUUGAGUAUUUCGCGUCGAACUAUUGUCUGGCUGUUAGUGGAGAGUUCUCCUCUCAACAGUAUGCCUUCAUCCUCAAAAAGGGUACCGUUUAUACCACCUUUCUAAACAGCCUGCUGACAAAUCUAACCAACAAGGGCAGCAUCAAAACCAUAAUUGACAAGUACAUCACUCCUGCCGGCAUCAGUUCAUGCACAGUACCCAUAAAACCAGAAUCCACUGAUGAAGGCCUCCGACACACUAUCACCCUGACCGAAGUCGCUGGCAUCUUCAUACUCAUGCUCAUCGGCAUCGCGGUUGCCAUCAUCCUCUCGGUGGUCGAAUGUCUCCUCACUCGAAAAAUGAUAGUAAGUGCCACUCUAGUGCCUUGUAACCCGAACUUGGCAUGCCCAUCCAGGAGUUAA